UGGUUAGCCCGGCUUAGGGAGGCGGAAGCAGGAAGGGUCCCGGGAGUUGAUUACAGUAACCCAGGAGCCAGCCAUGGAGUUUAACGUAGAGGAGAUCAGACAUCGACUAGGAAAGUAUAAAUUUCGGGACUUGACGGUAGAAGAGUUAAAGGAUGUUUAUAAAGUUUUCCCAAACUUCGUUUACUCCAUCGAUACUUACACCUUUAAAGACGGAUCCCAGAAAGACUUGUUAAACCUCACAGGGACACUUCCGAUGAAGUUUCAGGGAAACCUGUAUAACAUUCCAAUCUGCCUAUGGCUCCUCGACUCACACCCAUUUGCCCCUCCAAUCUGCUUCCUGAAGCCCACCGACACUAUGGGUAUCCGUGUGGGAAAACACAUAGACGCUCAGGGAAGGAUCUACUUACCUUAUCUUCAGAGCUGGAGUCAUCCCAAGUCCUCAAUCAUCGGCCUGACCAAAGAAAUGGCGAUGAAGUUCGAGGACGAACUACCGCUCUAUUCUCUGUCAGCCGCGGAGGAAGCCAGACAGAGAGAGCUGCUUUCCUACAUUUCUCAGGUCACUGAUGGAGUCUCACAGGUAGAUGUUACAGCAACUGGCAGAGGCAAAGUCACUGUGAUUGGUGGAGGGGAUUUGGCACUUUCUUGUUUAUUGGCAGUAUCUGCGAAGGCAUUAGCAGACAGGCUUGUACUCAUUGAUAUCAGUGACGGGGGCACAAAAGGAGGGGGCGCUAUGGAUCUGGACAUCUUCCACAUCCCCAAUGUGCAAGUCAGCAAAGAUUUAGCAUCUUCAGCUGACUCUAAAGUGGUUAUUGUUACGGUGAAUGCGUGGAGCAAUGAGAAAUCCUAUCUUGGCGUCCUGCAGAGUAAUGUUGACCUCCUGCGUACUAUCAUUCCAAGCGUGGCCUAUCGCAGUCCAACCAGUGUUCUGCUAAUUGCAUCUCAGCCAGUGGAGAUUAUGACCUACGUGGCUUGGAAGAUGAGCGGAUUACAUCAGAGACAGGUAGUGGGCAUCGGAUGUAACUUAGAUUCGGGUAGAUUUCAGCAUUUUAUGGAAACGAUGACAAACUGUCAAGGGAACAACAAACAGGAAGCAUGGAUCAUCGGAGAGCAGGGAGACAACAAAGUUGCUGUCUGGAGUGCUCCGCAGUCGUCAAAUGGUAAUCCAUCAUCAAAAUUAUACCCACAACUCUACAAAGAACAGAUCACAAGCAGGGCAAUGGAGAUGUUAAAAGGGAAAGGUCAACGGUCAUGGUCUGUUGGUCUGUCUGUAGCUGACAUUACAAGCACCAUACUACAAAACAAGCAAAAAACCCAUUCCAUCUCCUCGCUUUCAAAGGGUUUUCUCGGUAUACAAGAAGAGGUAUGUUUAAGCAUCCCUUGCGUCUUAGGAGCGUGGGGUGUAAUAGGUACAGCUCCGAUCCUACAAGACGACCAGGUUUCUGAAACUCUCCUGAAAAGUGCUGCAUCAAUUAACAGUCUUCAGCAACAGCUAAAGAUCUGACUCUAUAAGAGCCCGGCUCCACGUGGGUAUUUUCAUCGACAAAGAACUUUAUCACUGAGAUUCACCAUCGUGCUACCGCCAGGUUCAGAAUGACUUGAGACAGUCUUUUUCCUGGUUUGUGUUUAUUGCGUUACUGCAUUCUAUUUAAAUGAAGUGCCUUCCACCAUAUUAUUUUU